AUGCCUGCCCUUGUCAAUCAUGGUGGUGAUGAUGAACUGUAUCCCGGGGGUUCGAUGGAUUUGGGGGGUAGGUUGUUUACGGUUAGUUCCAAUGUUGAUGUGUACUCCUCUCCUACGAAGCGAGCUCGAAUCAGUGUCCCGUUUAGCUUUGGAGAUCUUGAGCCUGAGCGUCAGGUGGAUCAUAAGUCUAGUGUUGAGAUUCUUCCUGACGAAUGUCUCUUUGAGAUAUUCAGAAGGCUUUCGAGUGGCAAAGAGAGAAGCUCGUGUGCUUGUGUAUCGAAAAGGUGGCUUAUGCUUGUGAGCGGUAUAUGCAAAGAUGAAACUGAAACUGUUGUGAAAACGAUUUCUUCGGAUGAGAGUCAUGAAGAUGUUGAAGGUGAUGGUGAUGGCUACCUUACGAGGCGUUUGGAAGGGAGGAAAGCAACUGAUGUGAGACUUGCUGCUAUUGCUGUUGGGACUAGUUGGCGCGGUGGACUUGGGAAGCUGUCGAUUAGAGGAAACAACUCAGUUCGAGGUAUUACAAACCGCGGUCUCUCGGCCGUUGCUAAUGGUUGCCCUUCUCUCAGAUCACUUUCACUGUGGAAUGUGUCUUCUGUUGGUGAUAAGGGUCUUUGUGAGAUUGGAAAAAGAUGUCAUAUGUUGGAGAAGCUCGACUUGUGCCAUUCUCAGUGGAUCACGAACAAGGGUUUGAUUGCGAUAGCUGAAGGUUGCCCUAACUUGACCACGUUAAACAUUGAAUCGUGUUCAAAGAUCGGAAAUGAGGGUUUGCAAGCUGUUGCGAAGUUGUGUCCUAAUUUACACUCAAUCUCUAUCAAGGAUUGUCCUCUUGUUGGUGAUCAUGGAGUGUCUAGUUUGUUAUCAUCGGCUUCUGAGUUGUCAAGGGUAAAGCUUCAGAUCUUGAAUAUUACCGAUUUUUCUCUGGCUGUUGUUGGCCAUUAUGGAAAGUCGAUAACGAAUCUGGUUCUUAGCGGACUUCGAAAUGUGAAUGAAAGAGGGUUUUGGGUCAUGGGUGUUGCUCAUGGUCUACAGAAACUGGUUUCACUUACUAUAACUUCAUGCCAUGGGGUAACUGAUCCGAGCAUCGAAGCCAUCAGUAAGGGUUGCCCAAAUCUGAAGCACAUGUGCCUUCGCAGGUGUUGCUUUGUAACCGACAGUGGAUUGGUUGCAUUUUCCAAAUCUGCUGGAUCUCUGGAGAAUUUGCAUUUGGAAGAGUGUAACAGGUUCACUCAAUCUGGGAUUCUCGGCGCCCUUUCGAGCAUCAAAGCAAAGCUGAAAUCACUCACACUUGUGAAGUGUAUGGGAAUUAAAGACAUUGAGGUGGAAGUAUCUAUGCUUUCACCUUGUGAGUCUCUUCGAUCUAUAACAAUUAAAAACUGUCACGGUAUCGGAAGUGCUAGUCUGGCUAUGAUUGGGAAGCUGUGUCCCCAACUUCAGCAUGUUGAUCUGACCGGACUAUACGGCAUAACAGACGCAGGCCUUCUCCCACUUUUGGAGAAUUCUGAGGCUGGACUCGUCAAGGUGAACCUUACAGGUUGCUGGAACUUGACCGAUAACAUAGUUUCCGCCAUGACCAGACUACACGGCGGAACUCUGGAAGUACUAAAUCUCGACGGAUGCUGGAACAUUACUGAUGCAAGCUUGGUUGCAAUUGCAGACAACUGCCUACUGCUCAAUGAUCUAGAUAUGUCGAGGUGUGCAAUCACUGAUGCCGGUGUAUCUGUUCUCUCUGAUGCCGAUCACCUUAGUUUGCAGGUUCUCUCUAUAUCUGGCUGUUCUGAAAUAUCCAACAACUGUAUGCCUUUCCUGAAGAAAUUGGGCAUGAACUUGAUGGGAUUGAACCUUCAAAACUGCAUGGGAAUCGGCAGCAACACGAUUGAGUUACUCAUGGAGAGCCUGUGGAGAUGUGAUAUUCUGGCCUAA